ACGCGCCCUACGCCCUCUAUAUCAUAUUAAAAGUCCUCCAUGUUAAAGUCUAAAAACCCUCAUCCCAACGCCUGGUUCGGCCGCGCGUUCGCCCUGUACUCGUACCGCGGAUCCGCGGGAAAGUCCAGGUCGUACAACACCCGCCGCGCGCUCAGCGCGCACUGCUGCACGCUCUCCCCCAAGUCGGCGGAGAACGAGACGCACUUUUUCUCCACCGUCGUGACGCGCCCGUCAAACUCGGUGGUGACAAAGGCGAACGCGCUGUCCGCCUCCACGCCCUUCGCCACGAACUCCACCCCGCGCAGGGGCGUGCCGAGCGCGAUCCUCGCGAUGGCCUCCUCCUGCGACACCACGACGUCGAACUGGCCGAGCACGCCGGGCCUCGGCAACUUGCCGCCCACAACCGGGUUCCCCGGGUCCUCCAGACUCACCAGCACGACGCACGUCUUGCACCACCGGCUCGCCACGUACGCGUUGGCGCCGUUCACAGCCACCGCGUACGCGCCUUCCAACCGUGUGUCCACCAGGGUUCCGACAAACUCGGGAACGAUGGUCGGGGGCUCGAAUCCCAUGAAGUCCUUCGACAACCGCGCCGGGAGGACGACGACGGAGAGGGAGUUGGACAUCUCCGACACGACGUACGCCGUCUCGUCGACGACGGCGACGGCUCGGGCGCCGCACAGCCUGCGAAUAAAAAACCACGUCAAUCUGAUUGCCCAUGAUGCAAAGAUUAAAAUGCAAAGAAUCACCUGCCCGAACUCAGCCCGCGGGUGGCGUCCGUGGAGCAGUUGGCGAGGUGCGACACGACGCGCGGGCUGA